AUGAGUACACAUGUUUAUACAACAAAAUUUAAUCCAACAGAUGUUCAAAUAAAAACAUGGUCUGUACAACGAGCAUUAGAUCCAUUAGUUGUUGAGGUAACUUCAUUAAUAUCUGAACAACCAUCAAAUAUAAAAAAAGGUCGUUCAAAACAAGCUCAUCAAUUAGUUGAAAAUGUUAUUCAAGCAACAGAAAAUUUUAUUAAUAAAGCUGGUGAAAUUGCUCAUGAAAAUCCUCAUAUGCGUAAUGAUUUAUUACAAAGUAUGAAAGAAGUUAAACGAGCAGGUGAUGAAAUGGUUGUUUUAUCAAGAGAAUUUGCUGAUGAUUCAUGUUCAAAAAUAAAACGUGAAAAAAUGAUUAAUGCUGCACGAGCUUUACUUACAUCAGUUACACAUUUACUUAUCUUAGCUGAUCUUGUUGAUGUACAAACUAUUUUAAAAUCUAUUCGUUUGGUUGAAGAUGAUUUACAACAUAUUUAUAAUGCAUCAAAUCAAGAAGAAUUAAUUCAUUAUUAUAAACAAUAUGGUAAAGAUAUUAAUGAUUUAAAUCAUCAUACACAACGACGACAACAAGAUUUAGUUGAUCGAACUGAACAAGAAAAUUUAGCUACUGCACGUGCUACAUUAAAACGAUCAUCAAUGAUGUUAUUUACAUCAUCAAAAACUUAUUUACGUCAUCCUGAAAUACCUUCUGCACGUGAAAAUCGUGAUUUUAUUCAUAAUCAAUUACGUCAUACUGUUAAAAUGAUUUCUUCCAUAACACAAGGACAAUUUGAAACAUCAACAUAUAAUUCAUCAUUAAAUACAAUUGGAGAUUUAACAAGAGCAUUAAAUGAAUUCGAUAAUAUAAUUAUGAUGAAACCACAAAAAUUUAAUGAACAAAUUAUUCGACCACAACUUGAAGGACGUCUUGAAGAUAUAAUAUCAGGUGCAGCCUUACUUGCUGAUUCAUUAUCGACAAGAGAAGAUCGUCGUGAUAAAAUUGUACAAGAAUGUAAUUCAGUUCGACAAGCUUUACAAGAACUACUUGAUGAAUAUAUUAAAUAUUCGAAAAAGAAAAGUUCAGAUGAAAAUGUUAAUGAAAAAAUUCAAUUAAUGCAAACAAAAACUCGUGAUUUACGAAAACAACUUCGAAAAGCAGUUGUUGAUCAUGUUAGUGAUACAUUUGUAGCUACUAAUGUUCCACUUCUUGCUUUAAUCGAUGCAGCACGACGUGGUAAUACUCAAUUAGUUGAAGAAACUGCUCGAAUCUUUAUAGAACAUGCAACUAAAUUAAUUGAAGUUGCUAAUGUUGUAUGUUCAAUGUCGGAUUCUAUUGAAGGUAUAAAAUUAGUUCGUUUAACUGCAAAACAAAUUGAAAAUCUUUCACCACAAGUUGUAAAUGCUGCACGAAUACUUGCUGCACGUUCAACAUCAAAAGUAGCUCUGGAAAAUAUGGAUAUAUUUCGUGAUACAUGGGAAAAACAUGUUCGCUUAUUAACUGAUGCUGUUGAUGAAAUAACAAAAAUUGAAGAUUUUCUUGCUAUUUCUGAAAAUCAUAUACUUGAAGAUAUUAAUUCAUGUAUUCAAGCUAUGGUUGAACGAAAUUCAGAUCGUGUUGAUCGUACAGCAGGAGCUAUUCGAGGACGAUCAAUGCGUGUUAUUGAUGUUGUUACUGCUGAAAUGGAAAAAUAUGAACCAGGAGAAUAUACUGGAACUGUUAUGGAAAGUGUUCGUGUUCUACGAGAUCACAUUAUGCCAAAUUUUGUUGAAAGAAUUCAAAUAGCUAUUGACAUUCUUCGAAUGAAACCUUUACAAGAUAAUAGAACAUAUGAAUUAACUGAACAAGAAUUAAUCGAAGUAUCAAGUAAUAUUUAUCAUUGCAUACGUGAUAUUCGUAAUAGUGUAUUAAUGAAUCCGGAUCUUGAAUGGCCAAGUGAUGAUGAUGAAGGUUUAAAUGAAGAAAUUUAUGCUCAAUCUCAAGCAUCAAGUUAUGGACCAUCAUCCGAUGGUCAGCAAGUAGUUGAUCUUGAAAUGUAUCCAGGCAAAAAUGAUAAUCCAAGUCGAGAUUUGAUGAGACGAUUACCAAAAGAAGAACGUGAACAAAUUGAAAUUCAAGUCGAAGGUUUUAAAAAAACAAAACGUGAUUUUGAACGUGAAGUACUUAAAUGGGAUGAUCGUGGUAAUGAUAUAAUUGUUCUUGCUAAAAAAAUGUGUAUGAUUAUGAUGGAAAUGACUGAUUUUACUCGUGGUCGUGGACCAUUACGUACAACAAUGGAUGUAAUUAAUGCAGCUAAAAUGAUAUCUGAAUGUGGAUCAAAAUUAAAUAAAUUAGCUAAAGAUAUUGCAGCUCAAUGUGUUGAAUCUCAAUCAAAAUCUGAUCUUGUUGCUUAUGUUGAUCGUAUUACACUCUAUUGUCAUCAAUUGGAUAUAACAAGUAAAGUUAAAGCUGAUGUACAAAAUAUAAGUGGUGAAUUAAUUGUUAGUGGACUUGAUAGUGCAACUUCAUUGAUAACUGCAGCCAAAAAUUUAAUGAAUGCUGUUGUACUUACAGUUAAAGCAUCGUAUAUUGCUUCAACAAAAUAUCGUAAUAAAUCGGGCAAUAAAGAACCGAUUGUUCAAUGGAAAAUGCGUUUACCAGAAAAGAAACCAUUGGUAUUAAAUGAUCGACAGAAUGAAUUAGAUUCACGAAUAAGAAAAGGUUCGGCUAAAACACGACUUGAACCAUUACAUGUUCUGAGUCAAUUUCAAAAUUAA